CAGGGAGCGGGAUGGGCAGCGCGACCGGCACCCGGACCAGGACUGACACCUAGGCCGGUCCCCUGGGACACCGGCACGUCCUGGUGUGCCACGGCUUGUCCGGCCCUCAGGACGCACCGCGGAGAGUUGGGAUCUGCACUCAGGCAGGGCUGCUGAUGGAAGAGUCCAGGAGUGAGCGGCGAGGCAGAGGGGCACUGUGAGCUGUGCCAGGGCACUGUGGGCCGUGGCCAGGGCGCUGUGAGCCGUGGCCAGGGCACUGAGCUGUACCAGGGCACUGUGAUCCGUGGCCAUGGCGGGGUUCCUGGACAAUUUCCGCUGGCCCGAGUGCGAGUGCAUCGACUGGAGCGAGCGCCGCAACGCCGUCGCCUCCAUCGUGGCCGGGGUGCUGUUUUUCACAGGCUGGUGGAUCAUGAUCGAUGCUGCCGUGGUUUAUCCCAAGCCGGAGCAGCUGAACCACGCCUUCCACACCUGCGGCGUCUUCUCCACGCUGGCCUUCUUCAUGAUAAAUGCUGUAUCAAAUGCACAGGUGAGAGGAGACAGCUACAGUGAUGGAUGCUUAGGAAGAACAGGGGCUCGGAUCUGGCUCUUCAUCGGCUUCAUGUUGAUGUUUGGCUCACUCAUUGCUUCCAUGUGGAUUCUCUUUGGAGCAUAUGUUACACAGAACACCAACGUGUACCCCGGAUUAGCAGUGUUUUUCCAGAAUGCAUUAAUAUUUUUCAGCACUCUGAUCUACAAGUUUGGGAGAACAGAAGAGCUGUGGGGCUGAGCUCACUGCUGCUCCACAGUUGCCAUGUGGUUCCUGUAUGUAGAGAAUUCACAGUCCUUUGUCCUUGGCUUGCUUCCCAAACUGGUGGAACUGGGACAAUUCCAGGCUCUGUCCGAAGCUCCUCUAUACCCCAGGACACACUUGUGAAUAUGUACAUAGGACUGCAUCCAGCAUUUCAAAGGGAAUGAAACCAGCCUUUCCUGCUGGAAUCUCCAGGCUUUCUCCUCCAAAUCCAUGGCUUUCCAUCACCUUCCAAAGCUCCACCUGUGUCCGAGGCUUCAGCGAACAAUUAGUGAGCAGACAGGACAGAGCCCGUCCCCGGAGCGCUGGGAUAAGAGCUGAUUUUAAGAAUUUUAUAUUAUUGUUCAGGUAAAUAUAAAGUAGCUUUUCUUCCCUUCUUUUGGUAAAAGGUUAUGGGUUUUUAAGCAAGUCCCUACACUCAGCAGGUUGUGCAUGGCAAAGCAAAGUAUUCCUGACUUGUGAUGGCUCUGGCACAAAGGACAUUUGCUGGCACCACAGUCCUUGGAAUUAAUUUCAUGCUGCUCAGUGUAAGAGAUCCCAGUUGGUAUUUAAUGUAUUUCCUGAUAUUAGAAUAAAAAAAAAAACAACAAACGAAAAACUCCAACAACCUGAUGCCAGUUGUACUUGCUAGAAAGAAUAAAUGACUCAGAGCAA